GUUUUACGCGCUCUUUGUCGGUCCGCAAGUGUCGACUACGAGAACAAAAUGCAUGGAAAAUGUGCUGGUUAAAAUCUGGACGUCGUCGCAAACGAAAAAAUUACACGAGUGCACAAAUGUUCCUGGCUGAAAGGUUGGUUUCUUCCAAGAAAAAUGAUGUCAGUGAAAAAUCCGAGGUACGCCGAGAAAGAUCGGAAAAGAAGAAUAAUCGAAAUAUCACCGUUGCUGAGGAUCUUUACAACUUAGGAGGAGGAGGAAAGAAAUCUGGGAGGAACAUAUAUAUACAUCAGGCACCGGCGGAGCAACCCUGGGAACAACGUAGCUUCGUAGUAAACUCCGCUGCUGCGCAUCGGUUGGUUAGUGCUGGAUAUUUUAUAUUGUGAGAUAACGGUUUCAUAGAUAUUUGAUUGUAUAGAGACAUAGAGUGCAGAUUGUAGAUUGUAGAAUGUAGAGUGUUGAUUGUAGAUUGUAGAUUAUCUCAUGAAGAGCGGAUAACAGAUGAUUGUGAUUAAUCAUCGUACAAAGGGAACUUUAUUUGAUCAAAUCAUUGCGAAUUAGUUAUCGAACACAGC